AGGCAAUCCACACACUCUUAAGUCUUAAUACGGAGCAUCUCAUGCCGUACGAGUAAAAUUAUUCAGAUCUGACCGAGGAACUGGGAAACUCAGCCCCGCAGAGAGGACCGACUCAUCGACAUCGACAUCGACAUCGACGAACCGUCACGAACACCAAGUCGCCGACGGCCGACGCAGCGGCGCUUGGACGCCCUAUCCAUCCUCAGUGGUCAGCGGCCUCAGCCUUCUGGUGCGCUGCACGCGGCACGCCUGCCGCCUAGCUUCUCUUCUUCUGCUUCCAGUUUCAGGCCCUGCGUUUCUACACUUUUGCCCCUUCAGGCUUCUCAGGAGUUCUGGAGACUGGUUUAGUAAGUUAUUCUGUCUAUAUGAUCAGCACUUCAAUGUUGCCAGAGGGUUAGUGCAGUUAUGGCUUGCGUGAAGGCUGUCACUCAUCUUAAGGGUAAAUUACUAACUUUUUUAUGGUAGUCUGUGCCAUUAUCUCAUACUGGGUGUUAUCUGGGUGUUGAGCUGCUUGAAUGUAGAGACUCUGCAGAUAUUGCUCGAACGAAGCAGUGACUUGCCUCCUCCUGCCCCACCCAUAAGUGGAAUGUUUGAACCCAUUGAGAUAUCACCGGCUGUGUUCCCACAUCAUUCAUUUCCUGAUCAAGCUUUGUCGCCGAUGUACCCUUCUUUUCCUACCACAUAUAGUCCCAUCUUGAGCGGAAGAUGCCUUGUAAAUUUCUCUAUGAUUUCAAACAUAACAGAAAAAACAGCGUCUGAUUGUACCGCACCCCUCUCAAAAGUAGUAAGAAAUGUUAUAUGCUGCCCACAAUUCAAUAGCUUGCUUCACAUAUUUCAGGGCUUCUACAGUUCCAGUUCUAACACUUUAGUUUUACAAAAUGCUGUCGCUGAUGAUUGUUUUAAAGAUAUCAUCAGCAUAUUAGCCAGUAGAGGGGCAAAUGGAUCCGUAUCUACAAUGUGCUCUACCAACUCAUUGAAUCUUACUGGAGGAUCUUGCCCCGUGAAAGAUAUAGCUACUUUUGAGAAGGUGGUGAAUACCAGCAAGUUGUUGGAGUCUUGCAUCACAAUUGAUUCUCUUAAGGAGUGUUGCAGGCCGAUUUGCCAGCGUGCAAUUUCAGAGGCUUCACUUCAAAUCUAUGGGAUAAAACCAAAUCAAUCAAAUAUGGUUGAUAAUAAGAAUUUAAUAGAAUCCCCGGGAAAGUUUGAUAGCCUUGAUGAUUGCAAAGGAGUUGUGCAUUCAUGGCUUGCCAGGAACUUGCCUUUUGAAGAUGCAAAUAAAAUAUUUCGAUUACUAUCUUCAUGCAAAGUUAACAAAGUUUGCCCUUUACAUUUCAAGCAACCAUCUGAAGUGAUAAAAGAAUGUCGAAACUUAGCAGCACCGGGUUCAUCAUGUUGUAGCUCACUGAACUCAUACAUUGCUGAUAUACAAAAACAAAUGUUGAUUACUAAUCGACAGGCGAUAAUGUGUGCAACUCUAUUGGGAUCAAUGUUACAGAAGGGGGGAGUGAUGACAAAUGUGUACGAGCUUUGUGAUAUUGAUUUAAAAGAUUUUAGCCUUCAAGCAUAUGGUGGACAAGAAGGGUGCCUGCUUCGAAGCUUGCCUACAGAUAUGGUAUACGACAACUCAGCAGGUUUCAGCUUUAACUGUGACUUGAAUGAUGAUACUGCAGCUCUAUGGCCUUCAUCAUCAUCUGGUACAUUCUCCUUUUGUGCACCUGAGAUGUCCUUACCAGCAUUACCGACAUCUUCAGAAGCUGGCAGGCUACCGAAUGAUGCUGGAUAUUGCUGUGUUGUUUCUUUCUUUAUUUAUUUCCAAGUUGUCAUGAGAUUUAGCUUUUGAGUAUUGGGCCCUAUUUGGAAUGAAGUAUAGGAAGUCAUAGAUGAUGAACUAUUGGAAGAUCUCAUGUAUAUUUUUACAUAUUUUCAUGUAUGUAUAGCUUUUUAUGUUAUCCACUCCUAGAAGUAGUUUUUUUAAAUGAGUGUCUAAAGAUGCAAGUUGGUGCAAAAGGCUAUCUUUGUAUGCAGACUUGAAGCAAACUUGAAGCAAUUAGUGGGCGUUUGGUUCACAGAACGUUUUAUUUCCACAAUUCCACUUAGAAUGAGAUUGGCUGGGGUGUGUAUAUGUUUUGCUUGGUUACCCUACAAGGAAUAUUUUAGAUGGAUAACAGUGUCAUGUAUAAAUAAUAAAGUACGAUUUUUGGCAAUUAUUUGUGAUACGUUUUAUGUAUAAAAUUGUCUUUUACAAUUGCACACUAUAUCGUUAUUUA